GCGGGCAGACGCGCUCUUCAUACAUUACCGGAAUAGGCCAACUGUUACAUCGCUCUAUUGCUGCUAUAUUUAUUUCUGAAUACAAAAAUGUUGAAAUUAGUGGUACCGUUUGUUUUUUUACUGGUAGUGUCAGUGCAAGCUAACCCCCUCCAAUCGAGGUCGUCAUUAAAAGAUCAACAUGCAAUAUUUGAAUUGGAGGAACCCUGCGUGCGGCAAGGCGGACUCUGCCAACGAAUCGAAGAUUGCGACCCUGCAAAUUUAGUAACUGCCCAUGCACUUCUGUGCCCGAAACAACUGCAUCUAGGUGCAGUAUGUUGUUACUUUUGAAAAGUGAUGGGGCAAUAUACCGGUGCGCUUGUUUCCCUUAAUUUAAAGUUUAUAAAACUUUCAAAACUUAACUAGCUUUAACAUCAUAUUUAAGAUUAGUAAUAUUAAUAAGAUACGUGGUAAGAUAAUAUUUAUAAAAGUAUGAAAUAUACGGAUUAAAAUA